UUAUACGCGUCACCUCGAAGCCAUGCAGUUCCGAGAAUUCCGUGAGCCCUGUCGUGACACUGCACUUCUUUCAGUGCGAGCUCGGGAUGCUGCCAGACGAAGCGACUCAGUGUCCACAAAUUCCGAGAGCUCGCCUCGACGACUUUAAACACCACAUCCUUCAGAUCCACCGCCAUCGAUUUCUACGAUGUCCUGUGAUAUGAAAACCAUCAUCUUGGUCCGGGUAACCUGCACGCUUUUGCUGACGUCCGCUCCCGCCUACAGCACAGGUUUCAAACGAACGCGGUGUGUAUCUGACCGUGUCUUCGUACGAGGGGCCACGCCGAUUGCCUGGGCACUUCGAAGUCAACUGGUACGGCGUGGACGUCGACCACCUCAACAGGACGUUCGCCGCUCUGCUCUUGGAAGCGCCGAACUCCCACAACUGGAAGAACGCGCAACUGUACCCCGUCAAACAAAGCACGGGUCGAGUGACGACUCAGCGUCAAGUUCCCAAAGAACAGCACGCAACUCGCCAUGACCGGAAACUGCCUGGACUACUGGGCUGUCCUACUAGAAGUCGACGACGUCUCCGGCGACAACGCCGCUGUCGUGGAUUCCUCGUGCUUUCGCGGCCAUCCUAGGUGGAUGCAGGAGAACUGCUGCCACUUUUACAAUCUCAAAGUGGACGAGAUGUUCAUUCCGGGAACCCAUGAUUCUGCCAUGUACGGCUUGAAACGAGACUGGCCCGUCGGUGACUUUAUCUUCACCCAGGACCAGACGAUCGCCCACCAGCUUGCCUUCGGCAUCAGGUCCCUGGACUUGAGAGUUGGUUUCACUGACGGGGCAUUCUGGAUAUUUCACAACAAGUUCAAGGCUCAGGUGUCGCUAGAGACAGUGCUGAGGCAGGUCAGGACCUUCGUCGAAACGACGGGAGAAGUUGUGAUACUCGAUUUCCACAGGUUUACGCUCGGUUUCAACCGUCACGUCGACCCAGUAGAAGAACGCCACCGAACGCUCGUCCAGCUGAUAAUGGACACUCUCACCGGAGCCGUCGGCACAGGCAGCUGUUCAACAGCACGCUGGAAGACUUACUCGGUGGCUGCGGUGCACGGUCGAGGUGGCGUAGGCCGACGGUGUUCAUCAUGUACAACUACGACUACAUGGGUCCCAAUCGAGUUCCUCUGUCCGGGAGUGAUUCAGAAUUGGGCGAACGCGCAAGACCUCGAAUACCUCGUAGAGUACCUGGAAAAGAACGCCUGCAAGAAGUUUCCCGGAACCCUGUCCUCCGCGCAAGCUGAGCUGACGGCCAAGUUUCCGUCUCAAAUGGAUACGAUACGCCAGCUCGCGGAGAUCGUCAAUUUCAACGUGACGAACUUGUUCAGAGAGCACUUUUGGAACUGCACGAACAUAGUGACGAACGAUUACUUCCUGGGCAGCGGCACUGUUGAACUGGCCAUUGAAGCUAACAAGUAUAGGGGAAAGUUAAAAGGAGGACUCGGCAGAUGCGAGCACGGGUUGCAGCGAGGAUUAUCGACAAAUAGGUUACGACUAGAGACGGCAUUCGCCAAACGCUAA